AUAGUUUGGAGGUUGAUGGACCCCACAUCAUAUAGCACCCCUCUCCACAGUCCAACCACAUCCACACUCUGCUAUCUAAUCCAAUCUCUCAGUUUUAUCUCAGGCACCAUUCGCAAAGUCCAAAACUCUGAAGUUGCUUGCACCAAUACAUACAAAUUGAAAAAAUCAAACCGAUUUUUAGCUGGUGGUUCAAUCUUUUUCUUCUCCUCAAUGCCAGGAACCAUUCUAGUUUCAGUCCUGGAUUUUGAAGGCAUAACAUUCCCAUCUUCAUCACCCCCUUCAUCAAUGUCCAUAAAGGUUUCCAUAGGGAAAAGCGAGUAUCAAACUUGGGACAAGGGGGACUUCUCUUUCCCAUUAACAACCCUUCGCGAUAAUUUGGUUGUUAUACUUCAAGAUAUUGAGGGAAAUGAAAUAUCACAAACAGUUGUUAAAAUCAUGUCUAUCGUUGAAAGAGGUGUCUGGGAUGACUUAUUCCCCUUCCAAGGAGGUGGGUAUGUACAUAUGAAGUUGCAGUUCACCCUUAGUGAAGUUGAGCGCAAUAGAAUCCGCAACAUGAGGGAAACUGUAGUGAAAAAGAAACAGGUGGAGCUCCUCAAUAGCAGUGCUAGACUUUCAGAGACUGCCAGUACUGCUGGUAUUAGUGCAGCAUCAUCUUCAUUCCCCGUUAAUGAAAUCUCAGCGAUGAGCAAUCUAGAAGUACCCACUCAAGUCGAUCGGCCAUCAAAGCGUGCUACUUUCUUCAAGGAUCCACCAUCCGAAGCUGGUAACAAAGAACAAACUCUUUAUCAAAAAACAACCCCAAAAGAUAGAGACAGAAGGGAAGACAUUUCAUCCACAACUCCCAUGUCACAAGGGGUUGAAGUACACAAGGAGUUGGUUCAGAAGAUUCAGACUCUGUUGCCGCAUGAUGUUGCUGUGAAGAAAUAUUCUGUGUCUCCCGACCUGCAAGAUGAUCUAGCUGAUAAACCUGAGAAGCAGGGUGCAUUGGAGAAAACUCCUAGCAAUGUAAGGAAGAUGAUAAGUGCCUUUGAAAGUACUCUAGCUCAGGAUAUGCGACCUCGUACUAAAUCACCAGCAACAAAAUCUCAAUUGAACAAAGUAGGAAAAGAAGGUCCUCUGAAGGAUCAAUUUUUAAAGGAUGUCAGGAGUUCAGCACAGUUGAGUUCAGGAAGGCUCAAGAAUCCUUUUCUUACAGGGGAGUUGCAACAAAAUCUGACAAAUAUUGCGAGAAAAGGAGAGUAUAUAGGACAUGAUAGAUAUUUAGGUGGGACUAAAUCACUUCUGAGUGCUAGGGAGUUGAAGGAAUUGAGCACCACACAAAUACAAUCAAAAGAUAGAAGUUCAACUCCAAAGGGUAAAUUCAAAGCAGUACAUGAAGAAAUGGCUACAAAAGAAGAAAGAAAAUCUCCAGUAAACAUGGUGAGGACAUUUGCUGCUGAUACAGCUACAGUUUCAGGAAGAAUAUACAAUGAGCAUUCUAGUAGACACCAAAAUUCUGAUUUGUUCACUGAUCUGCGAGAUUCUGGUAGCCCUUCUGCUGGGAUCAGAAGACAAAUUCACUCAAAAGUUUCACAUGAUAUUAAUAUUCGAGGAGCUUCAAAUGAUGAAUUGAAAUCAGUAGAAUAUUGUGGCAAUGAUCAUUACUUCUUUGAAAGCUCUGGCGCCUGGAUAUUCGCAGAUGACACAAGACACUUGUGCAUAACAACUGGAGGUAAAAGGGCAAUGAAUUUGAUGGGAGGCUGCCAUGUUGAAGCCAAAACCCAUCAAGGAAAGAAGAGUGAUUAUAUACCAGAAAGUAUAGGAAAGCAUAAUGUGCAACAUAAAACUGAUAUUGAGGUGAAGAAAGGUGAGAAGACUUUUCACAAUUUGAGAAAUUCAAGCCCUGAGGAUUCAUCAGAUGUUGCAUCCACUGGACCUGUUAGACAGGCAAUAAAAGUUGCAAUCAUGGUGGCCUUUGGAGCACUUGUUUUCCUUAAUAGAGAAAGAAAACCCAGGCACGUCUGUUAUUACCAAAAAAGCAACACAAAAGAAAACAUUCCUUUUUUCGACAUCUCAGAUUAUAUGGAUCAAUGAACAUUGACUAAAAGGAGGUGCCAUUCAAAGCAAAGGAUGAUUGAUAGAUUGAAUUUGUCAUAGCCUGCUUGGGGAUGCUCCAUUGGUACUUUCUUAUAGACAUAUGUUGUCAGGUUGCCUUUUCGUGGAACUGUAGAUACAAAUGCUGGUGCAGAAACAGUCGGUCAUUCCUGAGGGAUGAAAACUACGUGAAUUUAUCAUUUAUUUUGUAUUUAUCAAUAAUUUCCCCAUCAAUGGUGAUAAAAUGUGGACAAACAGGCCUUUCUGGUUACUGAUUUGGAUUAUUUUAUUAUGGCUAUGGGUCCUGAUGUAAAUUCAAUAAUUCACUGAAUAAUUAUUGGUUCUGAUUUAA